AUGUCCGUUCAAAAUACUAAAGCUGUAGAGUUUCCUAUGGGUCAUAUCAAAUCAUCUUCUGUGUCAUUGGUAGCAGAAGCUGCCUCAAACAUGAAUAGCGAAGAUAAGCUAUCUAAAGUCCAGCUCUACGAGGAUUUAUGUCGGUACGAAGGUGUAUUAAGUAAGUUAGUUGAAUCUGUGGAUCGUUUCAAACCAGAUCUAGACGUUGCCAGGGAUUUGAUAAGUGCUGAUGAGAGCCUGUUUAACAAUGUGAAACUAUUAGCUGACUACGACAAUAUUGAUCGUAAUUUACAGAAGAUUGAUAAGGAUUCCGAAGAACUGGAUUCUAAAAGUAGAAAGAUAUUGGAAAUUUUGAAUGAGUGUCAUGAUGAAUUAAGUGGAUUGCCUACGCUAGAACAAGUGGAAUUCGAGAAAAACACAAUCUUACAACAGCGAUCCAAAAUUAAUUCCACAGCAUUAUUGGAUUACGCCACAAAAUUGUCCAAAUUUACCAAAAUACCACCAACAUUUGAUAAAGGAACGGUGGGGCCCAAUAAUUUUAUAUGGCCCGCAGAAGAUGCUCUGCGAAGAGGCAUGCUUGCUAUGGCUUCACUACACAGUAAAGAGCUAACGAGAGUACCUGGUGAAGACGAACAAGAAACCGAAGAAGUGCCGACUGCACCUCUUUCCCAACCUGGACAACAAGAGGAGCAGGAAGCCCAAAACGAGGAUAUAUCUGAUAAGGACACAUUUAUAUUCAAGGGUACUCCCCAUAAAGACGCUGAGCAUACGCCUGGUAUCAAAGAUAAAGAGGAGGAAAAUAAUAAUAAUGAUGAUGCUCUAGAUCUUGAUCUUGACUUGUUUGAUCCAGACGACUUCUAG